ACCGAUCCUUGCUGUGAUGCCUCCACAUGUAAAUUGAAAGCAGGAGCUGUAUGUGCAGAUGGGGAAUGCUGCGAGAAAUGUCAGUUUAAGAAAGCGGGAAGCAUGUGCCAACAUAGCUUUCAUGAGUGUGACCUUCCAGACACAUGUAAUGGGAAAUCCAAUCGCUGUCUCGAUUUGUUCAAAAAAGAUGGCACCUCUUGUAUGGAUGGCCAAGGGUAUUGUCUGCAUGGAAAGUGUCCAACAAUGAAAAAACAGUGCAUUGACCUGUGGGGUUCAGAUGCUCUUGUAGGUUCUGAUCGCUGCUUUGAUUACAACUUAGAAGGCAUAAACUAUGGAUACUGUACUAAGUCGGGGGACAUAUAUCUAAAAUGUUCUACUCCGUGAGUAUAUAUAUAUAUAUAUAUAUGUAUAAAAGCAGCUCCUAUUAAGAUGAAAAAAUGAUAGUCACAAUAUUCCA